AUGCGAACCUGGAAACCGAUUCCUCUGAUUUCCCUGCUGAUGGCGGUGGUGGUUGUUGAGAGCGCAGCCCGGAUGCGACGAGAUAGCACGAGUCCCGUUCAUUUUCGGCUUUGCGGCCGGAAACUGGUCGACGAGCUGAAUGCGCUCUGCGAGAAUGGACAACUCACGCAUAAGCCUGGCGAAAAAACGCUCACUGAGAUUUGCUGCGAAGCCGGGAAGUGCACCAAGCCGUAUCUGGAAAGCUGCAGCAAUGAUUUGCCGGUU